AUGCCCCCUUCGCCAGAUCGCAUGGCUCAGACCUCGGCUCUAUUGUUACUGCCUCCCCCGCCAUCCGCAUCAUUCCCACAGUUUAAAGAUGCGUAUGAGCCCAUUCUCUCGGCGGUCUACUCCAAACUCGCUCAAUCUCUUGACGGACUGAACCAAUCCGCGAUCCUGGAUAUUGCUCUCUCUUUGCCGGGCUUGUUGUCUCCCGAAUGUCAACCUCGGGCUCGUAUGUAUGGAAGCCUCCGCCGGUUCCUUGCAAACAUCUAUAGGCUUAUCGGCAUCGUCUCGGUGGAACGAAACAUCGAGCUGGGUGGCCCCGGUGGAGUCGAUGCCCGAGUAAUCUUUCUGGAUUUCGACACCGUGAUCCAUCCCUCUCAGGCCACGAUCCCCGUUUCACAGACCGGCCCCAUCUUGGAUCUGGAGACGCUCGCGCGCUCGGCACGUCUGUGGGAUGCCGUCUAUUACCCGGACAAUGCAGUAGGUCAAACGCUGGCCACAGCGUUCAGUAGAAUUUAUUGCCAGGCCAAGGAUCCCAAUGCCGGGGCUGUGGAGGCCAUUUCCGGAGUUCCCAAUUGGACGACCGCAGAAUCGCUCAUUGUCCCCGGGGACGCAGCGAAGGCCGUGGCCCAUUACUCCAUCGCCGUAGGAGGCACAUUUGAUCAUUUCCACAUUGGCCACAAGCAGCUCCUCACCGCUACCGCCCUGGCGUUGGACCCUGUGCAGGACAGCACCUCCGGCAGAGGGGGUUUGCUCACGAUUGGCGUGUCUGGCGAUGAACUACUCGUGAAUAAGAAGUACGCCGAGUUCCUGGAGAGCUGGGAGGAACGCUGUGCGAGUUCGGCAUCCUUCUUGAUGGCUAUUAUGGAUUUCUGCCCCCCGGCGAGUAGCGCCCCCCGGAUCGAACAGAUCUCCCAGCCGGGUCCCAAUGGGAAGUACACCCUGAUGGAGAUUCGACGUGGGUUGACGUUGAAGCUGGUCCAAAUCUCAGACCCAUUCGGACCAACCAUCACGGAUGAAAGCAUCAGCGCGCUGGUGGUGUCCCAAGAAACGAGUUCUGGCGGCGCUGCGGUCAAUCGGGAGCGGGCAAAGAAGGGCUGGAAAGGUCUGGAAGUGUUUGAAGUCGACAUCCUGCAUUCAGGGGAGGUUCCCUCGGAUGAUGUCGAUGGCUUUGCGUCCAAGAUCAGCAGUACGGAUCUCCGACGACGACGGAUGGAGCUGGCGCAGAGAUGA